GAAAGCUGCUGGACACAAGAAGGCGUCGAGCGGAUGCAGGCAGCUUUCGCAGGAGGCUGACAGGACAGGCAGCCAGUUCGUUGAGGGAGCUAUUGUCCGAAUUAAGAUGGAGAAUUUCCUCUCUUUUAAAACGUUUACUUUAUUCUGACCCAAGCAACACACAAACUGCUGGAGGAACUCAGCAGGCUGGCAGCAUCUGUGGAAAAGAAUACAGUUGAUGUUUCAGGCCGUGACCCUUCAUCAGGACUGGAGGAAAAAAAGAUGAGCCAGAGUAAGAAAGCGUGAGAAGUGGAGGAAGCAACACAAGAACUUACGAUUCCUGUGAGAUCCUCCCUGGCGCCAAUCUGAACAUGAUUGUUGGUGCCAAUGGCACUGGAAAAUCCAGCAUAGUGUGUGCUAUUUGCCUGGGCCUGGCAGGAAAAACCUCCUUUAUUGGGAGAGGGGACAAGGUUGGUCUUUAUGUGAAACGAGGAUGUAGCAGAGGGUAUAUUGAACUUGAGCUUUACAGGCGUUCACAAAACCUUAAAAUUAGUCGAGAAAUUUCUGUUGUAAAUAACCAGUCAGUUUGGCAAAUAAAUGGAGAACAUGCAACCCAGAAAAUGGUUGAAGAACAGACUGCGGCUUUGAACAUUCAAGUAGGCAAUCUCUGCCAGUUUUUACCCCAGGAGAAAGUUGGAGAGUUUGCAAAAAUGUCAAAAAUCGAGCUUUUGGAAGCCACAGAAAAAUCAGUUGGCCCACCUGAGAUGUACAAAUUUCACAGUGAUUUAAAAAAUUAUCGAGAAAAGGAGAAAGAACUCGAGAACACGUGCAAAGAAAAGUCAGCUGCUUUGGAGAAAAUGAAACAGAGAAAUGAGCGAAGUGAGCAAGAUGUGCAGAGGUAUUAUGAACGACAAAGGCAUUUGGAUAAAAUAAAGAUCCUAGAAAGAAAGAGACCUUGGGUGGAAUAUGAGGCUGCGCGACAGGAGCAUGAAGAAGUGAAGCACCUCCGUGACCAGCUGAAACAAGAACUCAAAGCACUAAAAGAAGCUCAGGCUCCAGUGACUAGAAGAAUUCAGGUUGUUGAAAGGCAGUGUAAGGAGCAGGAAACAAAAGUCAAGGAAAAGAGUUCAGAAAUUAAGAAAAUCUCACAGGAGUGCAAACAAAAACAAGAUCUAUUGGAACGGAAGGACAAAGAGGUUGAAGAAGUUCAGCAAAAUUUAAGAAUGAAAAAAGAUGAGGAAAUUGACCGUCAAAAAAGAAUAAGCAACACAAAGAAAAUGAUUGAUGAUCUUCAAAAUGAACUGAACGCCACAAGGAAUUAUGACCAUGUGCAACCUGAGAUUGACCAAAUUAGCAGUGCCCUCCGGAAAGUCCAGGAAGAAAAGGGAGCCAUUGAUACUGAGAAGGGAGAGCUGCGAAGAGAGAAGGAAAAUUUAGAGAAAGACAAAAAGAAGGUAAUGGUUAAUAUCAAAAGACUUGAAGAUAUGAUGAAUUUUAAAGAAGCAAAACUUCGAGAUCGAUUUAGAGAUACAUACAAUGCUGUCCUGUGGUUAAGAGACAACAAGAAUAAAUUCAGUGGACACAUCUAUGAGCCAAUUAUGCUCGAGCUCAAUAUGAAGGAUUCGAGAAACGCUAAGUAUGUUGAAAACCAUAUUUCACUGAAUGAUCUGAGGGCUUUUGUUUGUGUGAACAUGGAAGACAUGGAUGCAUUCCUUCAUGAGGUUCGUGAUAAACAGAGGCUAAAAGUGAAUGCGGUGUGUGCACCUCCUAUUUCAAUGGCAGGAAAGCCACCUACUAGGCCCAUUCAAGAACUUAAAAGUUAUGGUUUUAUAUCCUAUUUGCGAGAGCUGAUCGAUGCACCCGAACCUGUAAUGAGCUAUCUUUGUGAACAGUACAAAGUUUAUGAUGUUCCUAUAGGAACAGCAAAGACUAGAUCGAUGAUUGAAAAGGUGAUAAAAGAAACUCAUCUGCGUCAGAUCUAUACAGGGGAAGAGCGAUACAGUGUAAAAAAAUCGGUAUACUCCAAUAAGACCAUUUCAAGCAACACAUCAUUGAAAAAUGCACAGUUCCUCACUGUUCAAGUGGAUGUGGAGGAACGGAGACGGUUGGAUGAUCAAGCAAAAGAAAUAACUGCAAAGCUAAAUGCGCUAGAAUCCCGCCUUGCUGAAAUUUCUGAGACACACCGACAUCUCGAGUGGAAAGAUAAUGAACUGAGGACAAAAAAGAAAGAGCUUUUGGAGAUGAAAAGCAAGAGAAGGCAACUAGAACAAAAAAUCAGCACAAAGAAUGACAGUCUCAAGCAGAUGGAGAUGGAUACCAUCAAUCUUGAAGAGGAAGAACGAAAAGCUAAUGCAAAGUUGAAAGCAAUCUAUACCCAGAAAGCCAAGCUGGUUUCAGAGUUAACACAGCUUAUUAAGACCUGCAUGAGGCUGAACAUGGAUAAAGUUGGCUUUGUUCUUGAAAACACAUUAUUAAGUUAUGAAAAGAAUCAGCUGGAAACAGAAUUUAAAGAAUCUACUGUGGAACAAAAAAUGAAAGAGCAACAGUACAGAGAGCUGGAUGAAAAAAAGCACAAACUUUUGAAUAUGUGUAAGGAGCGUAUGAAAGCAGCCAGGGAGAUCUGUGACUUGGAUCCAAAUCAGAGUGACAUUCCUCCAGAACUGAUGACGGCAUUUCAGAGUCUUCCCAAUUCCCUGGAUGAAAUAGAUGCUUGCCUUAAUGAGGAGAAGUCAAGAGCAUCAUGUUUUACAGGCUUGAAUUUUUCAGUUGUGGAUGAAUACAAGCGAAGGAAGCAAGAAAUAGAAAAUUUAUCUGAUGAGCUAAAUAAAAAAAAGAGCGAAUUAGAAAAUUACAAGCUGAAUAUCUCACAGGUAAAAGAAAGAUGGCUAAAUCCCUUAAAGCAGCUAGUUGAACAAAUUAAUGAGAAAUUUAGCGAGUAUUUCCGCUCAAUGCAGUGUGCAGGUGAAGUUGACCUCCACACAGACAGUGAGGAGGAAUAUGACAAGUAUGGUAUCCGAAUCCGAGUGAAGUUUCGUAGCAGCACCCAGCUGCAUGAACUCACCCAGCAUCACCAGAGUGGUGGGGAGCGAAGCGUUUCUACAAUGCUCUAUUUGAUGGCACUGCAGGAAUUAAACAGAUGCCCCUUUCGUGUUGUAGACGAAAUCAAUCAGGGAAUGGAUCCCACCAAUGAAAGAAGGGUUUUUGAAAUGGUUGUGCGCGCUGCUUGCAAGGAAAACACCUCUCAGUAUUUCUUUAUUACGCCCAAGCUUUUACAGAACCUCACGUAUGCUGACAACAUGACAGUUCUGUGUGUUUACAAUGGGCCACACAUGCUGCCACCGGGCAAGUGGAAUCUGAAGGCUUUCCUCAGGCGACGACGAAGAGUGCAGGUGCAUAACUGAGAAACAGUGGACAUUUCCCUUUUCACAUCAAUCAUGUUUGCAGGCAAACAAGGUGCCUCAUUUGGUAACUCAGAGCCAUUUUCUGUAUGCAUUUACUAGUAAGUUUUCGUUUUUAAAUCUGCUUGUGCAUUUGGAGACGGGGUGGUGGAAGAGAUUUUGAGCAAAUCUAAAUGCCAUAUUGUCUGUGCCUGAUGGUACUUUCUUGUCUGCUGUUUUUCAAAUGAGUGACAGUAGUAAGCAGUUAUCAGAAUGUUAAUAUCUAUUGUGACCCUGGAGAGUGGGUGUGUGUGUUUUGGGAAUUAUUUCUUUGACUGUGGAAUGCUUGUUACAUAAACAGAGAAAUUACAAAAUACUUCUGUUGCACGCUUUGAUGUAUACUUUUUGCCAGACAUCACUGCUACGUGCACAUCCACUGGUGUAGUUACAUUUGAUCCUGGGCUGUCUUGACCCUAACAUGACUAUUGUACAGAGUUAUAAAAAAAUGGGAGCCAGUUUUUCUCUCAGUAAAGUUAAAUUACUCCCUUAAGGAUUGCUUGUUCAUGUUCCAGGAUAUGAGCACCUGUUUGUGACUCCAAUGAAUUUUAUGAAGCAAAUUCCCAGUAAAAUGCUGCUGGGUGUCCAGUAUUGACUGAUAAAUUUAUUGUGACACUUGUAUCAGUAUGGAUUGAAGAUGUAUAAGGUAAUUCCCUCUUAGGAAAGCAAAAAUCUACUUUCUUCAAAUGCAUUUUGUUUCAAAGUUGUGCCUCCCAGUUAGAGAAUUAGUAGCCAAGAUGCUCUUGGGUAACAGAGCAGCUCCCUGUGUACAACAGCAAACUAACUUAUUUUAAGUAAAUAAAAUUAAUCCACAUUGCAGUAUAGACAAAAGUGGUUCUGCUGUCAAAUAUGAACUGUAAUGUACACAUAAUUCCUGAGCACUGCAGGAAAACUAAUUUGCAUGUUCCAGUCAAGAUUCUUGUUACGUAGUAAGGGAAUAAUAUGAAGGCCAUUGAUUGUAUAUUUAAAUAGGUUGUCAGGAGGAUAAUCUGUUGCAGAUUUAACCAGUGCUGAACUGGCAACUUGUUAAAUUGUGUGCCUUGUACAUUAUUUUUAUAUACAAGACUCGUCAAGUGUCCUGUCUGCUCCUGAAACCACCUGAUUGGAAGGUUGUCGUUAAAUACCCCUUAAUUCAUCCAUGGUGUAGUACCGUGGGCAAGGCUGGCAUCUUGGUCUUCAAUAAUACUGUUUUUUAAAAAAAGAGGUUUUAAUCUGUUUGUUGACAUAAUUCAAAUUUGGGAAGGUUUGGUGUUCAAAGAGUUACCUAUUUAAAAUUUUGAUGCUUGCCUUAUUUUUCUAAGUAAUUGAAAUCACAAUAUUUAGUGUUCUAUUGAUGGAAAUGUUUUUUUAUUAAUGUGGUCCACAACUUUUAUCAUGUAACUUACCAACCUGCACCUUUUUAAUGAAAGAAAACAUAAUGUUUCGGAGAUGUCUGCCUAUUAGUCCUUGCCUGUCUCUUCUCAAUCUCCCUGUACUUGUUGUAACUCUUGCCUUGAUCCAAUAAUGGCUUUUGUGAAAAGCCAAUAAAAUGUCAUAUUUAUACUUUCAAUUACUCCUGAAAGGGGUAGAUCUGGGAUGUGAUUCUAGAAUCUGUCCCUUUUUUCGCCUUCAUUGAAACUGACACAUUUAAUUAUUGAAUUCCUUCACAUUGGAUUUUGGAGAUAUCUGUUAAUUGGUAUUACUUCCUCUUGUGCAUUUUUGUAAAAUUUCUUUUGAAGACUUUUGUGUUAGAACUUUGUUUUGAGAACUCAUUUGUUUGAUAUUUCUAAUGUCUAUUUGUGUUAUUUUGUUUUAAAAGAAAAUAAUUACCCUUUGAAAUGAUGUGUCUAUGUACGAAGUUAAAUAAAUAACUUAUUUUUACAGUCUGUCAUUUUUGAGCUCAUUUGAAUCAUUUUAUGUAUCAAUAUAUGUAGGGUCCAGUCAACACUGGAAUCAUUUUGUGAAAAAGAAAUCCUUGUUUUAAGAUUAAUAACAAAUAAACAUUGUUUAUCGUGUAUUCCAUGACUUAAAAUCCUGCAGUGGACUAAUCUGCUAGAGCUUGUAGUGAUUAGAAAUCAAAUACACUACAGCCCUCUCUGGAAGAUUGAAUAUGGCUAAUAGGAAUCUAGUAGCUAUUUCCCUGCUAGAUUGCAUUAAUGUGGUUUGCAGGCUGGUUAAAUAGGCAGUGAGAUUACAGGAUUCUGGACCUGAUUGAUGCUGGUGAGGAAACAAGCUGCUGCUUGAAGGGGGGACAAUACCAUUGAGUAAACCUUUUGAACAUGAGCAGUAUAAUGGCAGAACAAAUGAAUAUCAAUAAACAAAGUAUGAGAUAGGCUGACCCAAUCUUGUAACACACAUCAAAGUUGCUGGUGAACGCAGCAGGCCAGGCAGCAUCUCUAGGAAGAGGUGCAGUCGACGUUU